AUGGGCAAAAAGAAGCGCGGCCAUCCCGAUGUCGAGGAAAUCCUCUCGCGACCAUGGUGUUAUUACUGCGAGCGUGAUUUCGAAGAUUUGAAGCUCCUCAUCUCCCACCAAAAAGCCAAGCACUUCAAAUGCGACCGAUGUGGCCGACGCCUAAACACUGCCGGAGGUCUCUCCGUCCACUUGAACCAAGUUCACAAAGAGACGCUCAGCCAGGUUGAAAAUGCGCUGCCCAAUAGACAGGGACUCGAGGUCGAAAUCUUCGGCAUGGAGGGUAUUCCGCAAGAAGUCCUCGAACAGCACCGGAAUCGUAUCAUCCAAAACUUUUACCAAGCACAGGAGGACCGCAGAAUUGCGACCGGCAACCCCCCGCCUGGCCAAUCGAAGAACCCGAGAAAGAAGAUCAAGAUUGAGACAGCAGAGGAGCUCCUAAAGAGAUUUGCCGAGUAUCGGGUCCAGCGAAAAGCGGCGUUAGCAAGCGGCGGUACCAUGGAGGGUGUCGUACAGACAGGCACCGCCUUCCCUCAGCAAUCGUUCAACCAGCCCGGCUUUCCUGGACAGCAACCGCAUGGACAAGCGGCUUACGGAUUUUCCUCAGAUUCCCUUCCGGCACGGCCUUCUUCAGGCCUCGUUGGAGCACCUGGUUUGCCUCAACGACCCACACAGGCCGGAUUCUGGGGCGGCUCAUCUCAAGCUGCCGCUUCUGGCGAUGAGAUUGAUCAGUUGAUUCGCAUGGCCGAAGCCGGUGUCAAGCCACAGAAGAAGGCGGAAGAGGGCGAGGAGGGAGAAGGCAAGAGCAAAAAGGACAAGGACAAGAAGGGCCGCAUGAUCUACGACGAUGCAGAGUUCAGUCCCGAAGAGAAGAUGGCAGCUCUUCCUCGCUAUGCGUACACGCCAGUCGGAGCUUGA